AUGGCGCAGCUGUACCAUUUCCCACAGACAAAUGCAGAGCUCAUCCGACACUACAAGCUCGAGCCUCACCCCGAGGGCGGCUACUAUGCGGUCACCUGGGUGAUGGAAGAAAAGAUGAAAUCGCCCUUUGCGCUGGACAUUGAAGAACGCAACAUCGCAACCUGCAUUUACUAUCUCCUCUGCAACAAGUCGGUCGGAUGCACCGACAAGCCUGAGCACACAGGCAGCUCGGAGGAGCCGGAUCCUUUCAAGACGUGGAACAGUGACAUCGGCGUUCUGCACCUCAACAAAUCCUCUACGAUGCACGUCCACCACGCCGGUAGGACCAGAUACACACUCAUCUCUGCAAAGGAGCCGUUUGGCAAAGGGCUGGUCGAUGAGAACGGCGAUCCGCUCACAAAGACAGUAGUGAUGGGCGACGAUAUCACCAAGGGAGAGGUACGACAGCUUCUAGUUGAAGGCGGUUGGUGGAAAGUUAGCGAAAUCCCGGAAGAGGAUCGGCUCGCAGCGAAAGAAGGCAAGGCUGACGGUGAGAGGAUAGGAGCUCUGAUUUCCGAGGUUGUCACACCAGGCUUCCAUUGGAACGAUCACACCUACCUCAACCAAGCCAGGCUGCGCGAGCUUUUUGCCGGCAGCCCGCGGUCCGAAGAGCUUUAUGAACGCUUCCAAAAGUACGUCAAGGAGGUGUGA